UCAAUAAAAUCGCAAAAAUAUAGCAAAUUUAUAGAAAAUAUUAAUAAAAUUGAUUAAAAACCUAUUAAAGAUAUGUCCGAUAAUGAAUAUGAACGUUUUGAAAUAACCGACUAUGAUUUGGAAAAUGAAUUCAAUCCGAAUAGGACCAGGAAAAAACAUACCAAACAGCAGCAAAUAUAUGGUAUUUGGGCUGAUGAUAGCGAAAAUGAAGAAGAAGAAUCUUCCGGACGUCGUCGUGGAGGACGCAAAGGCCGCAUGGGCUUAGGUUCCUCCGGCAGUCGCAGUAAAGAUUACACGGCUCCGGUUAGUUUUGUGGCCGGUGGCAUACAACAGUCGGGCAAGAAAAAGGAUAAAAAGAAGGAAGAUGAUGCCAGCAAUGAAGAAGAUGAUGACGAAAAUCCGAUAACAGAUGAAGAAGAUGAAAUAAAUCCUCGUCCCGGUUUUGGUACGGGCGGCAGGCCUACUCUAAUGGAUGUUGAUUCCGCUCACACAAGUGAAGAGUCAGAGGAAGAACCAGAGACUAGAAAACCUCCACCAGCUCAACAGAAACCUUCAUAUUUUAAGCAUAACCAGUCAGGCAAUUCUAAUGUAGGGGCCUGGGAACAACACACUCGUGGCAUAGGAGCUAAAUUGCUGUUGCAGAUGGGAUAUAAGCCAGGCAUGGGGUUGGGUAAAGAUUUGCAGGGUAUUUCGCAGCCUGUAGAGGCUCAUGUACGUAAGGGUAGAGGUGCCAUUGGAGCAUAUGGCCCGGAGACGGCUGCUAGUGUGGGUGGUAAAGGGCAUACACCUAAAAUAGACGAAGAUGUUCGCGAGGCUAAGGAGUUUAAGGAAAAGCUAAACAAAUGGAAAAAAGCAGGUGAUCCUAAGCAGGAAAAAGCUUCAAAGCGUUAUUAUUACAAAUCCGUAGAGGAGGUGUUGGAAAAAGGCAAAAAUUCCAAUUAUAUUAUCAGCGAUAAAAUAAGUAAAAAACUCGGCAAUGUCCCCGUCAUUGAUAUGACCGGCCCUGAAAAACGUGUCCUAAGUGGCUAUCAUGCCAUUGCCCAAUCGAAAGUUACCGACGAAGAUUUAUAUGACCUCAAUGAACAGCCGAAAAAGUCGGCUACCUCAUUUGCUCUACCCGAACUCAUGCACAAUCUCACACUAAUAGUAAACAUGUGUGAACAGGACAUUAUAUCGUUGGAUUCAGCGCAAAAUGCUGCCUGUGAAAGACAACUGUCGCUCGAACAGGAAAAGAAGCAACUGCAAGAAAUUGUCAGUUUAGAAAGUAAUCACAUUAGUACUUUGGAUAAAGUCUUCUGUCUGGUAGAUGAGUUGACCAGCAAUGAAUCAGAUGUGGAUUUAGAGCGGGCAGAAAAAAUAUUUCUGCAAUUGCAGCAUGAUUACGCGUCCGAGUAUAAACAAUUUGGUUUGGGAGAUUUGGCAGCGGGCAUUAUAGCUCCCUUGCUGAAAAAUCAUCUGUGCGAUUGGAAACCUCUGGAGAAUCCCACCAUGUAUGUGGAGUUAAUUAAGAAAUGGCGUUCUAUAUUGGAAAAUCAAAACGAUAUACAAACAGAGACACGUUCCAAUAUCUUUGAUCCCUAUUCUUCGCUGGUGUGGGCUGGAGUAAUACCCAGUUUCCGUUCUUGUGCUGAAUUUUGGGAUCCUAAACAGUAUCAGUCUAUGGCUGCUUUGCUGGACUGUUGGGCUCCCCUAUUUCCCACAUGGAUUCUAGAUUCGGUGCUAGAACAAUUAAUAUUGCCGCGUUUGAGUACAGCGGUGCGUAAUUGGGAUCCUCUCACCGAUACCGUGCCCAUACAUAUAUGGAUUUUACCCUGGAAUACUAUAUUGGGUCAUAAAAUGGAGGAAUUUAUAUUCCCCACUAUACGUGAGAAAUUGGGCAAUGCUUUACAAGCCUGGAUGCCACAGGAUCGUUCGGCCCGUGCCAUGUUAACACCUUGGAAAGGAGCCUUUGAUAACAGUGAAAUGCAGGUUUUCUUGUUGCAGCAUAUUAUACCAAAACUGCAAAUGGUUUUGACGGAAUUUGUUAUCAAUCCUUUGCAACAGGAUUUGGAACCCUGGAAUCAAGUUUGGGAAUGGCAUGAACUAAUACCCUCCAUACAAAUGGCUCAAAUUUUAGAUAAAUAUUUCUUUCCCAAAUGGAUGCAAGUACUGGUUCUGUGGCUCAAUCAAUCGCCAGACUAUGGCGAAAUUUCACGUUGGUAUUCCGGCUGGAAGAGUAUGUUCUCUGAGGAGAUUUUAAGAGAGCCCAACAUAAAAGAACACUUACGCAGAGCUCUAGAGAUUAUGCAUCGUGCUACGGAUCAGCUAGCAUCUACACCCACACUAACAAGUGCCAGCAGUAUAGGAGCUCACAUAAAGGCUACACCUGUGCCACCACCGCCUCAGCCACCACCACCUCCUCCCUCGCUUAUGGAUCUACAAGUACCAGCUCCCACUCAAAUGGAAUUCAAAGAGUUGGUCUCACGUAAAUGUGCCGACAGAGGUGUGCUGUUUGCUCCUCUACCCGGGCGGCGAGAGCUGGGCAAACAAAUCUAUCGCGUGGGCAAAUUGUAUUGUUACAUUGAUCGCAAUGUUUGCAUGUUAAGUGAUGGAACGUUUAAGAAUUGGGUACCCACACCGUUGCAGCCAAUGAUAGAGAGAGCUAUAACUGGAAUUUUAAAUUAAGCGGGUUAAAAGCAAAAGGAUUAAUCGACGAAAAUGCAUUAUGUUAAUAAAAAUUGAAUAAUAAAUUAAUAUUUCUUAAAGAAACAAUUACCAAAA